AUGGCUACGUUUGAUUUGGAAGCAUUUGUGGCUGAGCCAACGCACGUGGCGUUGGAGUUGUGUAGAAAAGUAGAUUUGCUGGAGAUAGCGCGACACUAUGCGAUCCCUGUGUCCCCUGCGUUACGCGUGGGUGAGUUGAGGGAGGCUAUACUGGCAGAGUUGGUGGCCAACGGGGUUGUGGUAUUGCCUGUGUCGAGUGAUCCAGUGGCAGGAGCGGCAGUGGGAGAUGCAGUGGUGUCCCCCGUGCGUCCUGGAGUAGAGCGCGUGGAGCAGCCACAGGUGGGCUCUCCUUCUGCGCCGUUUGAAGAGACUGAGGUGAAGUCUCUGAGCCUGGUUCAUUCUCCCCGUGAUGUGCUCGUGGAUGUGCGCGUUGCUCGUUUAAAGUACGAGAGGGAGAAGGAGGAGCGUGAGUUUCAGCUAAAGCGUGAGAUUGCGUUAAAGCGUAUUGAAGCGGAGGCUGUUACUGCUCGCGAAGUGGCCUUUAAAAAGAUAGAGGCUGACGCUGCGCUUAGGAUGCGGCAAUUGGAGUUGCAAUCAGCGGGUCGCAGUCCAGUUUCCUCGUCACCUGUGGUCAGUGCGCCUGAGUUUGACGUGACUCAAAAUAUCCCGCUUGUCCCAACUUUCCGUGAGACUGAGGUUGAGUCCAAUUUUUGUGUUUUUGAGCGCAUUGCAGGGGCAUUACACUGGCCUAGGGAUGUGUGGGCAAUCCUUCUGCAGUGCAACCUAAGUGGCAGGGCGUCUGAAGCGUGUGCAUCUUUGGCAGUCUCAGACAUGUUGGACUAUGACUGUGUGAAAGGUGCUAUUUUGCGGUUCUAUGAGUCGUGGCCCAAGGCUCAUAGUGCUUACGUUAGUCCCGCGCACGUAGUUGGAGCUUUCCCUAUAGCUGUUCGUGACCAGUCUCCAAUUGAUGGGGUGGAGUCCAUCAUGUGGGAUGACAGUGCAGGUGGAAAAGUGUGUCCCAUGAGCGUUUUGACCCACGCUCAGUCUGAAAGAGGGAGGCAGAGUGACGUUGGUAAUUCUGUGCUUGCUCCUGAUUUUGCAGGUGUUGGUGCGCCCUCGUGUGGACGGACUGAUAACACCACAGUUUACAUUGAGAAGCCAGAGUUAAUCACUUCUGUGUCCCCUCCACCCACAGAUAAGAAAGCUGGUCGCAAGUUCAGUCUGGCUGGACUUGUACCACAACACCCUGGUUUCCCUGGCCCUGAUGUCCAACCCGGAUCAACGGCUGCUGCAGGGGCGCUGCUGACUGUAGACUACACCGUUCGUAUCAGCACUGGAGUGGAAAGGACCAUGUUGUGGCUGAGGCCUCUUGGCGUCACAGGGGACUUGCAUUACCACUUGGGUGGUGGUGGUGGCACCCAUAUCCUUUCCCACUUUGUGAAUUAG